AUGGGAAAAAGGAAAGAAAUGGAUGAUCCAUCAUCUGCACCUGGCUCAUUACCUGAUGAAAUUCCAAAGAAACAUAAAAAACACAAGCAUAAAAAGCACAAAAAGAAGCGGACUGACUCUGAUGCGUCCGGUGAUUCAAAUAAGGCUAAAAUUCCUGUAAUGAGUGCAAUUGAGAAUCCAUUAGAAAGCCCUAUGAAAACACCCGAUCAGAAAAAUGCUGAAACACCAAAAUCAAGUUCCAAAAAGAAAAAAAGUAAAGGAGGAAAAGAAAGUGGUACUUCAAGUGAUGAAGAACGGUGGCUUGAUGCGAUACAAUCUGGAAAAUUGGAAGAAGUUGAUGAUGAAUUGAAAAAGAUCAAACCGAAAGAUCCCAAAUUAAUGACCGCAAGGCAGAGGGCGAUGCUUGAGAGGAAAGGUGACGCUGUCCCGGAUCCAGCUGCCGAGCAGUUACUUUCUCUUCCGACAGGUUACCGUGAAAAAGUAAUGACCCCGGAAAUGAUUAAGAAGGCAGCUCUUAAGUCUCAAAAAAGGAAGCAGUUGAUGGAUGAAAAGAGAGAAAAAGAUAAGAAACGUACGAUGGAGAGGCUUUUGAGAAAGCAAGACAACAAGCAAUCGAAACAAGCGGUUAAGAAGGCGGUAAAGAGAAGUGGUCUGUCGAUCUGCUAUCGCAAUAAUCAAGAAGGAAUUACAAUAACAUUACCUCCUGGAAUGGAAUUUCCUCUGAAAUCUCAGACUGAGGCAUCUCCUCCGCCAGUCAUCAGGUGUGCCAUCAAAGGUUGUAAGAACCCAAAGAAAUAUUCUUGUUCGAAGACCAAUGUACCGCUAUGCAGCCUCGAAUGUUACAAGAAAAACUUGACAACUGCUCCUCAAGUUUCGAUUAUGAGAGUAUGUUAA